AUGCCAGAGGUUAUUGACCUCAUCUCUUCAGAUUCGCCUCUUCCUGAAGACCCGAGACCAGCAGCCCAAAUACUCCCGAAGCCACGAUCGACGGCGGCUGGUCUCGCGGCCAAUGUGGCCCUUUUCUCGUCCGAUUCAGUAUUCGACAUACCGGGCUUAUCGGACAUCGUCCCCGACAAGCCAGCGAAGAAACGCCGUGUGAGCCGUGAGAAGAGCUCCUCUGUACACAAUGCCAUCGAGAGCAGAGCAGUAUCUGGGAAAGAUGCGCAUAUAUUUUCUUUCUCCGACGACGACAUAAUUCCUCCGCCCUCAAAAUCAAAAUCAACUCCCUUGGGACUUCCACCACAGCACGAGGUGGACGACUUCGACUCGAUUGUCUUCACUUCGUCUGCACCUGAACUUUCUCGAAAAAAUACAACGCAAACAUAUGAUUCCAACAAAGAUCUCAACCUGAUCAUCCUUGACGACGACGACGAGAACAACUCAUGGCCGGCAACAAAGGGCGGAAAUUCCCAUGCCAGGCGGGAUGAAAUAGAUGAGUUUAGCGACCCAUUUCUGUUUGCAGGCGCCAAUGAUCCAUUUGGCGCCUCUUCUGAUAUUGAGGACGCCCCGAAAUCAAAGUUCUCCAGCAAGACUGCCGCGCUGCUGUCUGCCAUUGAGACUGUACCCAUUGCAAGCGUCACCCGAUCUGAAGCAAAGCCCAGGCCGAGUGCUCGAAACUCUCACAUCACUAUCAGGGCCAAUCAAGGCAUGGCUGAUGUAUGUGACGAUAUCGAUGAGCCGGAAGCGCCCCGGCCCCUGGCGAAGAAAUCUGCCAAGCUCAGCACGGAAGAGAAAGAAGCCAGAGCAAAAGCACGAGCCGAAGCAAAAGCCCUGAAAGACGUUGAGAAACAGCUCGAGAGGGAACGGAAGCAAAGACUGAAAGAGGAAAAGGCAAGAGAAAAGCAGCUGGCAGCGGACCUUGCCGAUGUGAAUAAGUUAAAGACGGACAAGAAGAAUUCUACUGCAGAAAUGAUAAUUGAUAUGUCGGACUCCCUGAAGAAUACAAGCGUCGGGAAUCAGUCCGAGGAAUACAUGAAACGACUAAAUGUUGAACAUCAUUUCUUCACCGGUCCGAUUCCUAAUGUGGUGAAAUGGCGUCGGAAGAUGAAUGCAAAGUACAAUGACAACCUUGGUCAUUGGGAGCCAGCGCCAUUUCACAUUGCCGCAGAAAAGCAGGUGCUUUGUCUGGUACCUGCACAGCUUUUUGUUGACAUGGUUGUUCAGUCUGAAGGGGGAGAAGAGACGGAAUCGCUGGAAGAGCAUGUGAUGAAGCUCAAAAGCGCCUAUCCAGGAUACACCAUCAUCUACUUGAUUGAGGGACUCACAUCUUUGAUGAAAAAGCACGGAAACGCCCGAAACAGGGCUUAUGUGGCCGAGGUGUUACGCCAAGCUGCGCCAGAGCCAAUGCCCACAGAAGAAGGUCCUGCCUCUCGACGAGGAAGAAAAGCAACGCGUAAACCCGUGGAUGGGCCGCCUGUCGAUCCCGACGAGGUUGAAGAUGGCCUUCUCGAGUUACAAGUCGCACAUUCAUGUCUAAUUCAUCAUACCGCGGCACCAGCCGAGUCUGCAGAAUGGAUCAAAUUGUUCACUGAGCAUAUAUCCACCAAUCUGUAUCGAUGGGAACGUUCAAAUGCCCAUGAUGCAUCAUUUUGUAUGGAAACCGGACAGGUCAAGACCGGUGAUAGCAAACAAGACACCUUUGUGAAAAUGCUGCAAGAGGUCAAUCGAGUCACUGCUUCCAUGGCAUAUGGCAUUGCGGCACAAUAUUCUUCUGUCACGGACUUGGUCCAGGGAAUGCAAAGGCAUGGCCCCGGGAUGCUGGAAGAUGUUAAGGUAUGUGAAUUGUGCAGGCCUUCAGAGGUCAUUUCAUUUCUUCGUGUUGUCUUGUAG